AUGCAAUAAUAAAACUAGUCCCAACAACAAUAAAAUCAAGAGCAAGCUCUGCUCCAGCUUAACUAGCUGGUCAUUGAUCAUCUUGCUAAAUUAGGAUAUGCCAAGGCUGCUCAAACACUUAAGGAUGAGAUAGUCUAGGCUGCUAAAGCUCAAAAGAAGCCAGGUUAAUAGUCAGCUGGUUCUCUCUCAGGUUCGUAGCAGCAAGACCCCUAGAUUUUACUCAACAAGCUUUCCAGUUCUUUUGAUACUGGCAACAAACACGAAUUUUUCGCAGCAUGGGAGAAGUUGCUGCCUAAGCAACUGAAAGAUAAUGACUUCAUAUGCAAGAAGCUCGAGUUUAAUCUGCACAUAUUCUUUGUUGUCUAUGUGAUGCAUCCUUACAACUAGCAUAGACCAGCCACUGAGAAGGAGCUUAGAAAGGAACAGGCUGAUUUCAAGCAGUUCUUAGACACUAAAGGCUCAGAUUUAUCAAAGACUUCUGAGUUUCUUGCUUUUUAUGCUCUGCCCUAUAUUCAAAACCCAAUGAGCCAUCCUUCCUUCAAGGAGCUAUUCACUAUGCAAUGGGUAGCUGACCUCAAAGGAAAACUAAAGCACUUCAUCUAAAGCCACUCACAAGAGAUAGGACUGAAUACUAACCAGGCUAAGACUCAGCUUUUAGGUAUAUUCAUGCAAGGAGGCUAGAAUAAGCAAAGCCAAGCUGCUUAGGAUGAGGACGUAUAUGAUAGACUCUAGCAAAUGCAAAAGACACUGGUUGUCUUGUAAAAGAAAGAGCAGUAUGCCAAGAAGACUUUGCUAGACUCAUAGGUAAAAUGGACUAAUUUCUCUGGGGAGAUAGUAAGACAUUGCAAAGAACUGAUAAUUGGUAUGGAGUACGCAGGCAUGAGAUAAUUCCUUAUUGGAUAAAAUCAGCCACCAAAGCAGUUGGAGAUGAUCAAGCAAAGAAUCAUGAAGUAUGAUGCCUUUUUGCAAAAUAACGCUAGAGAACUCAGUGCUAAAGGAGCCAACAUGACUCAGUUUGGAAACUUCAACCAAGCUUAGCAAACUCAACCCUCAUUUUUAAGUGAUGCUUCUAGUAUCUAGCCAAAUGAUGACGAGUCGAUGCUUCAAGGUGGAGAUGAGACCUAAUAACAGCAGUAAUUAUUUCUGCAGCAGUAGUAGUAAAGAUAAAUGAUGACUUAGCAGUAGUAGUAAUAAGAUCAAGAUGUUCUUAACAACCUAGCACCUCUAGAUUUCGAGAAAUUAAAGCAAUUCUUUAUCGAGUCUCAAGAUGAAAUCAAGAUUUGUGCUACUUUGUAAGCAUUAAGAUGGAGAAUAACAAGAGUCUCAGGUUAGGUCAAGCGUCAGACAUUACACACUUACGCUCACUUUGACAUUUUAGAUGUAACAGUUAAUAACAAGGUUGAGAAGAGUGUUUUUGACUACUUGUACUUCAACAGUUCUUCAAAGAUCAGAGAAUUUACCAUGAGCUUCUUAAAUGCUCUAGCAUCUGAAUUCUUAGGACGCUCAUAUCUUCUUUAGAGACAAGACAUAGUUAAGAUUCUAGUAUCUUCACUUUAUGGUGAAGGUAAGGUUGAUACCUACUUAAGACAAAAUGCCCUUGGUACUUUGUAAAAGUUCUCACUUAGGAAAGAGGCCUAGAAUCAGAUGAUCUAGUUUGAUGUGAUCAAAUGGAUAGUUGAAACAAUCAGAGAUGAACUCGAUACAUUGUGUGAUUACACUUUGGAAUACGCAACAGCUUUACUCAUGAAUUUGUCUUUAAGAGUUGAGGGCAAGAAUAAAUGCGAGGUAAUACCAGGUAUCUUAGAGGUUAUGAAUGAGCUUAUUGAAAACGAUAAUCUCUAGGUAAGAACUCAUGUGAAUGGCACACUGUACUCUUUACUCACAAGGAAAUCACUGAAGUAAAUUGCUUUGCAAAUGGGAAUGAAUGAGAUGCUUGAGUAUUUGAUGCAAAAUUCAGAUGAAUAAUUCUAGAGACAAAUUCAGUACAUUUUGAAUCAACUUGUGUCAGAGCAGGAAGAAGAUAGAGAGGAAAAUGAAGUGGAAGAUGAGGAAGAUGAUGAAGAUUAUGGCGAUGAAAAUGAUGAUGGAGCAGAUAAUGAAGAGGAUGGUGAGUACAAUGACACUAUCAAGUUUGAAGGAGUAUUGAUAGGAGAAGACUUGCUGACUUCUUAGUUCAUCUUACCAACUGAUUAAGCGAUGACCUAGACUAUAACUAUCUCAAAGAAGAUAGAAGUUAUUAAGGAAACCAAACUUAACCACAGUGCUAUCUCUGACAGACCAACCACAGGUAUCUAUGCACCAGAUAACCCUUUCAAUCUAUCCAGAAUGGGAUACGCCAAUCCAAGUGCUGAUAGAAACUUACCCUCUGCAAUGAAGUCCAGACCUAAGAUUUAAAGGACUCCAGAUGGUGAAAACUUUGAUUCCACUUGGAGAGCAAGAUAGUACUAAUAGUAUAAGCAUCAACUUGGCUAGGCUAAGCAAUUCUAAAUAGACGGUAAUGAAGAACUUAAAAGUAACAAUAUUGAUUAGAACCAGCAAGAUCUAGCUAAUAAAUAAAAUAACGGUGCCUCAUAGUAAAGCAAGAGAGGAAUGCAAAGCAGACAGCCACAUGGUUAGAAUGCAUACAAUCAACCACCCGAAGAAGUAGCUUUCAUGCCUGGCGACAAGAUCCCUAGAACUCCUCUUAAGAGAAAUUGA